AUGUCUGUCACACUACACACCACCCACGGCGACCUAAAGGUCGAACUCUUCUGCGAAGCCGUCCCCAAAACUGCAGAGAAUUUCCUCGCCCUCAGCGCCAGCGGCGCCUACAACACCACCCCAUUCCACCGCUAUAUCCCGGGCUUCAUGAUCCAGGGCGGCGACAUUUCCCUCUCCACGACCCAAAUCAACCCAGACACCCAAAAGCCGCCGCUGCCCAUCGUAGGCCCGAUCCCCAAAGGCGGCACCUCGAUCCACCACCCCUACGCCCUGAACCAAGAGAUCCACCUGCCGGCCCUCAAACACCACACACGGGGGAUCCUGUCGAUGGCGUCGCGGCCCGUGAAGGACCGCACGGCGCCCGGGUCGCAGGGCGCGACGGGCCCCACGAUCAACGGGAGUCAGUUCUUCAUCACGCUGGCGGCGGCGCCGCAUCUGGACGGGGCGAGUACGGUGUUCGGGAAGGUGUUGAAUCUGACGGCGCAGGAUGAGGGGGGUGAUGUUCUGGGGAGGCUGGAGAAGGCCAAGAUUAAGGUGGAUAAGAAGGGGAGGGUCGUGCAGCCUUCCCCCCAAGAGGAGGAGGAGGGGGUCUGGGAACGGGUGGGCAUUGAGAGGGUGACCGUGCAUGCUAAUCCUUUCGCGGGGUAG